CACUUUCUUUCUAUGAAUUAAACACUUAACCUCACAAUUAUUAUUAAUAAGUGUUUUUGAUAUCCACCAACAUGGUCGUGCUGUUAUGAAAAUAAAAACAAAGUCACGAAGUUGGCCGAAGGUGAAGUCUUCGGGCAUGUUCGGGUUGGUCCUCAACCCUUUGUGUAAUGUAGGCUUCCCGUGUAAACUGAAAAAACGGAAAUUGUACUACACCAUAGUUAAAAAUAUUUGCGUGUGUGCAUCUUUAACCAUAGAAACGCAAAAUACACUAGUUCGUCUUGCCAGAGCGAUGGUACGAGAGGUUUCCGCCACUAGCGCUAAAUGUACCCGCCAUUUUGAACAAAGUGUGUCAUGUAUACACGACGUGUGUUAUCCAUGAUGCUUUGUUUAUUUAUUGCCUUCCGCGAUGUUGCUUAUUAUUUUAAGGCUGUAAAUAAUCCCGCUGUGGAGACUAUACAUCUAGCGGGACUAUUCAGGACAAGAGCUGAUCAUAUCAGUGAACAUAAUUCAUGUCUCAAGACUAAAUGUGUAACAGAAAAUGAUACAGUGGCAGAAUAUGCUACCUGUGGGUGUGUAAUGGUGUCUAAAGUUUGCAUCAAGGAUUCGACCGAUUGUAAGUGCCUUCAACACCAUCAGCAGUUGUAUUCGUCAGACAAACAAGACAGUGGUGCUCUAGUUAUAAGACAAGAGUCACUGGUGGUUCCCUCAUCUCACACAAGUGAUAACUGCGAAGAAUCACUUGCACAGAAAACCAACCAGGCAUUUGAUAAUGUACAGCAGCAAGUCACUAAUAGCAUAAAACAUAAAGUUGCUAAUACCUUCACGUGCAAUAUAUGCAGCAGAAUAUUCAAUAGAAAAAGUAAACUAUUCAAACACAACCGAUCUCAUACAGGGGAGCGUCCUUUCAAGUGUGAUGUGUGUAGUAAAUCAUUUGCUAGGAUACGAGCACUUCAUACACACGACAGAAUACAUACAGGGGAGCGUCCCUUCAAGUGUGAAUUAUGUAGCAAGUCAUUUCGUUGUAAAUAUUAUCUGUUUGUACACAUCAGAUUACAUAAAGGAGAGCGGCCCUUCAAGUGUGAUCAGUGUAGUAAAUCAUUUACUAGAAAAGAAGAUUUUACUGCACACAACAGAUUACAUACGGGGGAGCUUCCCUUUAAGUGUGAAUUAUGUGGUAAGUCUUUUAAUUUGAAAUAUCAACUGAUUGAACAUAUAAGAUUACAUAUAGGGAAGCAUCCUUACAAGUGUGAAGUGUGUAACAAAUCGUUUACUUGGAAAACAGCUCUCUAUAGACACAACUGGUUACAUAAAGGAGAGCGUGCCUUCAAGUGUGAGUUAUGUAGUAAGUCAUUUCGUUGUAAAAGUAAUCUGUUAGUACACAGCAGGUUGCAUACAGGAGAGCGUCCGUUCCAAGUGUGAUCAGUGUGACAAAUCGUUUACUAGGAAAACUACACUUACAAAUCACAACAGAUUACAUACAGGGAAGUUUCCAUUCAAGUGUGAAUUAUGUAGUAAGUCAUUUCAUUUUAAAAGUGAUAUUUUUGUACACAACACGUUACAUACAGGAGAGCGUCCUUACAAGUGUGAAGUAUGUAGUAAGUCAUUUCGUUGUAAAAACUAUCUGGCUGUACACUCCAAGUUACACACAAAGUUACAUAAAGAGGAGCAUCCCUUCAAGUGUGAUUUGUGUAACAAAUAUUUAAAAGAAAAACAUUACUUACUGCACACAACAGAUUACAUUCAGGGGUGGCUUCCCUCCAAGUGUGAGCUGUGCAGUAAAUCAUUUAAUCACAAUGAUCUUAUCAAGCAUACCAUAAUGCAUACUGUGAGAAAUUUCUCUUUACCUCUAAAUAACUUAAACCAAUUCCCUUCAAACACAUACAUGUUACCUAGCUCAGAUGCAGAGUCAGUAUUUUGCGCCGCAUCUAUCUAUCUUCCACUCGAUUGGAACAACCAUCGAUUUGACUUUUUCGAGGCACAUUAAACUUGAAACAAUCCCAUUCG